AUGGAGGACGAGGAAAAGCCGGUGCAACUCCUGGAUGAAAAGCAGGUGCCGAACUCUGAAAGUGGUUACGUGUGGCAUGUCACCGAUAUGAAUCGACUGCAACGUUUCUUGUGUUUUGGUUCAGAAGGUGGUACUUACUACAUCAAGGAGCAGAAGCUGGGCUUUGAGAAUGCAGCAGCAUUAAUAAGACUGAUUGAAGAGGGUAGAGGUUGUGAAGUUGUCCAAGAAAUAAAGACAUUUAGUCAAGAAGGCAGAGCAGCAAAACAAGAGCCCCUGCUUUUUGCUCUUGCAAUUUGCUCACAGUGUUCUGAUGCAAAAACAAAACAAGCAGCAUUUAAAGCUGUUCCUGAGGUGUGUUGCAUACCGACCCAUCUCUUUUCUUUCAUCCAAUUUAAAAAAGAUCUGAAGGAGGGCAUGAAAUGUGGCAUGUGGGGCCGUGCACUGAGGAAAGCUGUUGCAGAUUGGUACAAUGGAAAGAAUGGCAUGGCUGUUGCUUUAGCAGUUACAAAAUAUAAACAAAGAAGUGGUUGGUCUCAUAAAGAUCUUCUGAGGUUGUCCCACCUAAAACCUGCCAGUGAAGGAAUUGCUAUAGUCACUAAAUAUAUUACCAAAGGGUGGAAAGAUGUCCAAGAGGCUUAUAAAGACAAAGCUGUUUCUGCUGAGACUGAAAAACUCUUAAAGUAUCUGGAGGCUGUGGAGAAAAUAAAACACACAAAAGACGAAUUGGAAGUUAUUCAUUUAAUAGAGGAGUAUGGUCUAGUUAGAGAGCAUCUCCUGACAAGCCAUCUGAAAUCUAAAGAGGUUUGGAAGGCAUUGCUGAAGGACAUGUCCAUUUCUGCAUUGUUGAGAAAUUUAGGAAAGUUGACAGCAAAUUCAGUACUUGAACCACGAGGUUCAGAAGUGGCAACAGUAUGUGAAAGACUGAGAAAUGAGAAACUGCUAAAAAAGGGUAGAAUACAUCCAUUCCAUAUUUUGGUUGCAUUAGAAACCUAUAAAGCUGGGCACGGAAGCAGAGGGAAGCUUUGGUGGCGUCCUGAUGAAGACAUUUUAGAAGCUUUAAAUGCCUCGUUUUACAAAACUUUCAAGACAGUUGAACCAACAGGAAAACGCUUCUUACUUGCAGUUGAUGUCAGUGCAUCAAUGACACAAAAAGUUUUGGGCAGCGUGCUCAAUGCUAGCACAGUUGCAGCAGCAAUGUGUAUGGUUGUAGCACGUACUGAGAAGGAUUCCCACAUUGUUGCCUUUUCACAUGAAAUGGUCCCUUGCCCUGUGACGGCUGAUAUGACGUUGCCUCAAGUAUUAGUGAAAAUGUAUGAAAUUCCAAUGGGUACCACUGAUUGUUCCCUUCCAAUGAUAUGGGCUCAGAAAACUCAGACAGCUGCUGAUGUCUUCAUUGUAUUUACUGAUAAUGAGACCUUUGCUGGAAAUACUCAUCCUGCAACAGCUCUUAGAGAGUACAGAGAGAAAAUGGGUAUUCCUGCUAAAUUGAUUGUUUGUGGAAUGACCUCAAAUGGUUUUAUGAUCGCAGAUCCAGAUGACAGAGGCAUGUUGGAUAUAUGUGGCUUUGAUACAGGAGCUUUGGAUGUUAUUCGAAACUUCACUUUGGAUUUGAUUUAAUUUUCUAGGCAUCUGCUCUUCCCAAUGGGUCCAUUGCUGGCAACAGACUUCACCCUGGGAACUUCCAGCCAAAUAUGCUUUAUGAGAAUAUGGCACAUUAUAUACAUAUCAGAAUGUUACCUUUUUGUGAAGAGAAAACAAGAAAAGCAGAUGAGAAAUCUCUUUUCUCUUUUUUCCUGUUCCACACAACUUAAAAUAACAGUGGGAAGUUUGCUAGAAGUAGCUACAGGGUUACACAAUACAAAACUUAAUUUCAUUUCUAAUAGAUUAUAAAUACUG